AUGUCGGUGAUCGUAUUCCUCCUGUUCGUCUUCCUUACCACAACCACUACGGGGACGGUCACUGCGAGCACACUGCUGCCCUCCUGCAAAGCCAAGUGCGGUGAUGUCGACAUCCCCUACCCGUUCGGCAUCGGUGACGGCUGCUACGCAAAAGAGUACGGAGACUUCAGGAUCAACUGCUGGGGCAAUUCCGCGGCCUUCUUGAGCGACAGCGUUUAUGAGAUUGUCGACAUCUCCGUGACCGGUGAGCUGCGGAUCAAGGGUUCGACCGGCUUCGACUGCUAUGAUCGGAGCGGAGAACGUACAUACUACUUCCCGUCGGUUAAUCUCAGCAAUCUACCGUUUACAUUCUCUCACACCCGGAACAAGUUCGUCGUCAUCGGGUGCGACACGAAUGCUUACAUAUGGGACCAAUACGACACGCGCUACUCCGGUGGCUGCAUGUCCUACUGCGAGAGCCUCGACAGCUUCAAGGGCAUGCCGAAUGGCAGCAGCUGCUCAGGCUUAGGCUGCUGCGAUGUUUCAAUUCCCAGGGGCAUCAAGAGCUACAUCACGGGGAUAACUACCUAUUACAGCUACAAGUAUUCCAUGGAUUUCAACCACUGUGGGUUCAUAUUCCUGGCUCAGCAGGGUCAAUACACAUUCAGUGUCUCUGAUCUGAACUCUACUAGGUUAGAAUUACAAACUCGGCCCAUCGUUCUCGACUGGUCCAUCGGCGGUCAGACCUGCGAGGAAGCCAAGAAGAACCGGACCGUCCCGUACGCCUGCCGCAGCGAUAACAGCGAGUGCAUCGAAUCCAAUAAUGCGGUAGGAUACCUCUGCAACUGCUCGAAGGGAUACCAGGGCAAUCCCUACCUCCCAAGGGGCUGCCAAGGUAUGAUCAAGACGCCGCAUUGCUUCGAUUAAUUUAUCUGUUAUUCUUGAGUCCGGCCAUCAAUGUAUGUGAUCGAUCUUCUUGAAUCUCCGAUGAUGCAAUGUAGAUAUCAAUGAAUGCGACCGAAGCCCAAAUGUUUGCCCAUCGAACGCAACUUGCGACAACACGCGGGGCGGGUAUGACUGCAAGUGCCAAUCGGGCUACCGAUUAAAUAUCAAUUUCCCAGGGGGAUGCGAAGGUAAGACUUCCGCGAUCACUAAGUGAUUCGUUCUAAUAUAUGGGGGGAUGACAAAUCUCUCGAAAAGUCAACCACCGAAAGGUGGGAUCAUUCUAACUGUCUCUUCUAUCCCCCUUGCAACUUGUCCUAUCCAUGAGAAUGUAGAUAUUGACGAAUGCGAGCGGAACCCAUGUCCACCCGGCGAGUACUGCACAAACACGAAGGGAAGCUACGAAUGCAAAUCAAGGAGUGGCGACAUAUCGUUGGCUUCUAAGUUGGGUCUCGGUCAGGAGAAUCGUUUCCGUCUUCCAUGCCAUGGUCUCAUUUCCUUUAAUCAUGUAGCGUGCCGUCACUAAUUUCUAGCUUCUGCAGGACUCGGCAGCGGCCUACUCGUUCUUCUGUCUGCAAGCGCCUUCACCUGCUGGGGAUGCCAGAGAAGAAAACUUGCCGAUCAGAGAAAAAAGGUUGCCGAAUUCAGACAGAGGACGUUUGAGCACAACGGCGGCCCGUUGCUGCAGCAGUAUACCUCCUCUCAUCCGGGAAACACGUUCAGGAUAUUUACGGAAGAGGAUCUCGCCAAGGCCACGUCUGGCUUCGCUGACGACCAGAUCAUCGGGCGAGGAGGCCACGGCGUGGUCUACCUGGGAAGGAUGGAAGAUGACACCCUGGUGGCCAUCAAGAAAUCCAAAAUGAUGGACGAGAGGGAGAGCAAGGAGUUCGCCCGGGAGAUGGCCAUCCUAUCGCAAAUCAACCACGUCAACGUGGUCAAGAUUCUGGGUUGCUGCGUAGAAGUGGAAGUCCCCAUGCUGGUCUACGAAUUCGUCCCUGGAGGUACGCUAUUUGACGUCAUCCAUCGGCGGAACGAGAGGGCACCAAUCUCCUUGGAGGUCAGUCUGAGGAUCGCCACAGAGGUUGCAGAUGCCCUGGCUUACCUGCACUCCUACGCAUCCCCUCCAAUUCUUCACAAGGACGUCAAAACGUCUAACAUACUGCUAGACGAGAACUACAGAGCCAAGAUCUCCGAUUUCGGGGCUUCUUGCUUCGCACCGGUGGAUGAAACAGAGAUCGCGACCGUGGUUCAGGGGACCUGCGGGUACCUCGAUCCCGAGUACCUCCAGACCUACCAAUUCAGCGAGAAAAGCGAUGUGUACAGCUUCGGGGUGGUCCUCGUUGAGCUUCUGACGCGAAGAAAGCCACUCCACCUCCAGGGUCCGGUAGACGAGAGAGGCCUCGCCGUAAGCUUCGUCUCCUUGUUGAGCCAAGGCAAGCUGGAGAAAAUUUUGGACGCCCAGCUGUUGGCCGAAGGUGACGCAGAGAGGGUGAGGGAGAUCGGUGAGCUCGCAGGUCGCUGUUUAAGCGUAAAGGGAGCAGAUCGUCCCAGCAUGAAAGAGGUUUCAAUGGCUCUGCACUUGCUGCGGUCAUCUGAUGAGCACCCCUGGAUUCCUCAGCACACUCCGGAGGAGGUGGAGAGACUGUUAGACCGCGAGCAGGCGACCGCGUAUGACAGCGCCGAUGUGGUCAACAGCUAUUUGUGCCGGAAGAACCAUACUAUCCUCGAGAUAGAGGCAGGUCGAUGA